AUGUCUCUGUCGCCAAUCCGAAGCCUGGCCCAAGGCAAUGCGUCCAACUCACAGUCACAGUCGCAGUCUCAAACUCAGAAUCCGGUGCCGUCGUCCCCGCUUUUUUUCGCGUCGUCGUCGUCAAACCCGGGCUCCGAUAUCAACCCAUCAUCCAGAAAAGAUAUCUCGUCACCUCUUCACUACACGUCGUCGAGUCGCCACCAUCCUUCCGAUGGCUCAAGAGCUCGCUCCGAUAACCUCACAUCUGAUGUGGACAGAAUUGUCCGUAGACCCAUCCGGUCCGAUUUAAACGCCGAUGUUCUGUCGUCUCCAAUGAGAAGAAGAAUGUUUGAUGAAAGACAGGGCCACCAUCACUCGGGCCACCCAUCGCUGGACAGCUCGCAGAUUGGAUCAGAGAUUUUCGAUUCAGGAGAGCCUGUGCGUGUCAUUUGGGGUACCAAUGUGUCGAUUCAGGACUGUACCAAUGCGUUCCGGGACUUUUUGAUGCUGUUCAAGAUGAAGUACAGAAGAGCGUUGGAUAAUCAGCCAGUGGAGCCUGAGGACCUGGAGCUCUACUAUGUGGGCCAGUUGAAUGCCAUGAAGGACUUGGGAACAACCAACUUGAACUUGGAUGCUGCCAAUUUGUUGGCAUAUCCUGCCACCAAGAAGUUGUAUUACCAACUUAUCAACUACCCCCAGGAAGUCAUUCCUAUCAUGGAUCAGACCGUCAAAGACUGCUUGGUAUCUUUGUUCCUGGACCUGACUGCCGUCCCUGCGUCCAUCGACGACAUUGAAACUAACAUCUACACCAUUCGUCCUUACAAUCUUAACGCUGUACGUAAAGGCAUGCGUGAGUUGAACCCCAACGACAUCGACAAGCUCGUGAGCGUCAAGGGUCUUGUUUUGCGUGCUAGUGCUAUCAUCCCUGAUAUGAAAGUUGCUUUCUUCAAAUGUAAUGCUUGUGACCACACCAUUGCUGUUGAAAUUGACCGUGGUGUGAUCUCUGAGCCCACAAAAUGUCCCCGUCAAGUGUGUGGACAGGUGAACUCGAUGUCCUUAAUUCACAACAGAUCCUCGUUUGCUGAUAAGCAGGUGAUCAAGUUACAAGAGACACCAGACUUGGUUCCUGAUGGACAGACUCCUCACUCAGUCAACUUGUGUGUCUAUGACGAGUUGGUGGACACUUGCAGGGCAGGUGACCGUAUUGAGGUGUGUGGAAUCUUCAGAUCGUUGCCUGUGCGUGUCAAUGCCCGUCAAAGAGCCUUGAAGAACUUGUACAAGACGUAUCUCGAUGUUGUUCAUAUCAGCAAAAUUGACUCUAAGAAACUUGGUGUGGACGCCUCUACUUUACAGCAGCUGGCUACUGAAACUCAGGAAAUCGAUCAGAAGCGUCAGUUGAGUGCUGAUGACAUCGAGAAAGUCAAAGAAAUUUCUCAGAGAGACGAUUUGUAUGAGUUGUUGGCACGUUCCCUCGCUCCAUCCAUUUAUGAGAUGGAUGACGUUAAAAAGGGAAUUUUGCUUCAAUUGUUCGGAGGUGCCAAUAAACAGUUCCAAAAAGGUGGCCGUUACAGAGGUGAUAUCAACAUUUUGCUUUGUGGAGACCCAUCUACCUCAAAGUCUCAACUCUUACAAUAUGUUCACAAGAUCUCCCCCAGAGGUAUCUACACCUCCGGAAAAGGUUCUUCUGCAGUUGGUUUGACCGCAUAUAUCACUCGUGAUAUUGACACAAAGCAGCUUGUUUUGGAGUCUGGUGCAUUGGUGUUGUCUGAUGGAGGUGUUUGUUGUAUCGAUGAAUUUGACAAGAUGAGCGACGCCACAAGAUCCGUGUUGCACGAAGUUAUGGAACAGCAAACCAUUUCCAUUGCCAAAGCAGGUAUCAUUACUACUUUGAACGCACGUACUUCGAUUUUGGCGUCUGCCAACCCUAUCAACUCCCGUUACGACCCAAACUUGCCAGUUACUUCCAACAUCGACUUGCCUCCACCUUUGUUGUCUCGGUUCGAUCUUGUCUACUUGAUUUUGGAUAAGAUUGAUGAGUCUAUUGACCGUCACUUGGCUAGGCAUAUCACUGACAUGUACUUGGAAGAUGUGCCUGACUCUGUCUCCAACAGCGCUGUUUUGCCUGUUGAAACCUUGAGUACAUACAUCCAGUAUGCCAAGGAGAACAUAAAUCCAGUUAUCACUGCUGAGAGUAAGUCUGAGUUGGUUCGUGCGUACGUGGACAUGAGAAAGAUGGGAGAUGAGUCCAGAUCUAGUGAAAAGAGAAUCACAGCAACCACCAGACAGCUUGAAUCUAUGAUCCGGUUGGCCGAAGCACAUGCCAAGAUGAGAUUUAGUCAGUAUGUGGAGCUUGUUGAUGUUAAAGAGGCUGUUAGAUUGAUCAAAUCGGCCAUCAAGGAUUAUGCCACAGAUCCUCAAACGGGAAAGAUCGAUAUGGACAUGGUCCAAACAGGAACCACUACAGGCCAGAGAAGAAUGCAAGAAGACUUGACUCACCAGGUUCUUGAGCUCUUGGACGAUGUGACAUCCAUGAGAUUCGUGGACUUGAUUAAUAAGCUUAACGAGAAGCUGACUGUUCGUGUUGAGAACUUUGAGCUUAAUGAGUGUAUUCGUCGUUUGCAACAAGAAGGUAAGGUGGUCGAAUCAGGCGACAGUCAUCGCCGUACUAUCAGAAAGCUUCUGGGAAUCUAG